GACUGCGUCGAACACACUCUGACGCUCUCUAGCUUUCUCGUGUGUCACCGUGUCGCGAGUGUGCGUGCGCCCGUCCCGUUUCCACGGGACCGUUUCGUCUUCGAGAAACAGGACCGAGAUUCGAGUGUCGAGCGUCGAGAGCGAGAGAUUCGUGUUCCGGAUUGUGCGCGCGUGAGAUCGCCGAGGCGAGUCGCGCGAUCGAAACGGCAACAGAAUAACGGAAAAACGGUCAACGACGACGUGUACGCUUUCCCGUGCGCGCGACGCUGUGUAUUCAUGUGUGUGUACGCGCGCUCGUGCGAAUGCGAGGAAACGAGACAGGCAAAAGUGGUGAAUUGAGAGAGAGGAGAGCGGAGGGCGAGAGAGAGAGAGAGAGUGAGAGAAGAGAAAAAGUGGGAAGUGUGAUCGCGCGCGCGGCGCACCAUCGUCAUCGGCGAGGAAACUGUCCGGAAGUCACCUUCUGUUGGCGCGAAUAUCUGCGAAAGAGACUAGCAAAAAAGAUAGAGAGAAAGAGACAGAACGAAAAGUGUCGCGGGUGGGCGAGGUAACUCGAUAGAAGAAGAGAGAGAAGGAAAAGCGGAGAGGAAGAUAGACGAAAAAAGAGAGAAGGAAGAAUCAAGAAAGAAGAGGCGAUCCAUCAGUGAUGCACGAAGUUUCGCGAAACGGAGAACGAGAGCAAGUAGUGACCUAAGGAAAGAGGGAGAGAGAGAGAGAGAGAGAGGGUCGAGAGUCGAGAGGAUUGCGUCGCGGACGAAGGAAUGUGAGAAGCGACCGAGCAGUGCCGUGUAAACACGAGUGUCGAGUGAAAACGAGGCGGCCCACCAGCGACGUUCGAUGUCAUUGCCUUUCUCGUCGCCGCCGUCGUCGUCGAUAUCGUCGAACGACAUCCUCGACGAUUGGACGUCGUAAAGAGAGCUCGUCGAAAGAGUGCUGUCUGUCUGGCAUCGAUCAUCAUCAUCAUCGUCGUCGUCGCCGCCACCGCCGCCGCCACCACGCGUAUAUGAAUUCGCAUCACAAAUGACGGCGCACCGGAUCGUGGGCGGAUUAGCGAGGUGUUGGCUCGACACGUCGUCGUCGUCUUCGUCUUCGUCAGCGUUUGUUUAGCGGACAAAGAGUGACACGAAAUGAAUCGAAGAGUGGGAUACAGCAAUUACGAUGGCAAGAUCGCCGGGCUCUACGACUUGGAGGAGACCCUCGGCCGCGGUCACUUUGCCAUAGUGAAGCUGGCACGGCACGUUUUCACCGGCGAGAAGGUCGCAGUGAAGGUCAUCGACAAGAACAAGCUCGACGAAGUCUCGAGAGCGCAUCUCUUCCAGGAGGUGCGGUGCAUGAAACUGGUGCAGCAUCCCAAUGUAGUGCGAUUAUACGAGGUGAUAGACACGCAGACCAAGCUAUACUUAAUUCUCGAGCUUGGGGAUGGCGGAGAUCUCUACGAUUACAUCAUGCGGCACGACAGCGGUCUCAGCGAGGAGGUGGCCAGGACUUACUUUCGGCAGAUAGUUCGGGCCAUAUCGUAUUGUCAUCGAUUACACGUAGUACAUAGGGAUUUAAAGCCCGAGAAUGUUGUGUUCUUCGAAAAGCUCGGUACGGUGAAACUCACAGACUUCGGAUUCAGUAAUAGAUUCUAUCCUGGUCAGAAGCUCGAGACCUCGUGCGGCUCAUUAGCAUACUCCGCUCCAGAGAUACUUCUGGGUGAUAGUUACGAUGCCCCCGCAGUAGAUGUUUGGUCGUUAGGUGUAAUAUUGUAUAUGUUAGUAUGCGGCCAAGCGCCGUUUCAAGAGGCGAAUGACAGCGAAACGUUGACGAUGAUUAUGGAUUGUAAAUAUUCGAUCCCAUCACAUGUGUCCGAUAAUUGCAAGCGGCUGAUCGCUAAGAUGCUCGUACGGGAACCCGAAGGCAGAGCGUCUCUCGAGGAAAUCGCGGCGGAUCCAUGGUUAGCGAUCGGUUCCGAUUCGGACACUAUGGAGACAUUGCCGCUCGUGUCGCGUCAACAAGUCUCCGACGAUCAUCACAAUCAUAUAAUUACCAAAAUGGUUAACGGUAAUAUCGCCACCAAGGAAGAGAUAUUGGACGCGCUCGACAAGAACGAGUACAACCACAUCACCGCGACGUAUUUUUUGCUGGCGGAAAGGAAGUUGCGCGCUCAUCGACAGGAACAGAUGCAGAAAACUCGGCCAGAGGUUCUAGAUGUUUCUUCGAGCCGGCAAGAUGAUCUGACAACAAAUCUACGAACGGAUCAAAAUUCUUUGGGCACUGUCAAUCAGUCGUUAUUGAGCGUGCCACGGACGCCCGGUGAUGUGCCACAGAACGUGCGUUCGCGCAAAUGCAGUAUCGUCCAAGAGGAGGAAGACGAAGAUGAUGUGUCCUCCUGUUCCGGCCGUGAUGAGCGCGGCAGUAAUUCGACGUUAAAUUCCUUUAAUCGCCGUGGUUCCCGUUCUGAGGGAAAACUUUCACAUAUCCUGCAGGAACGGUUAUCGCAGCUUCCGGAGAAACAUACCGGCGCAAAACCCAUGCAGAGUCAACGGCAUCCACACCAAAAAGAAGAUACCGUUAUCACUGACAGAGGAGAAAGACUGAAACAGAGUUCCAGAAACGAAAAGGAUAAUAAAAAGUCAUCGUCACCGGUUCACUCGAAGACAACGGGAAAAGUUCAAAUGGGUAACGUUCUCUUGGAGAAGCUGCCCGUGUCACCGCGAAUUACUUGCGAAGAAAAUCUGAAGAAUCGAUUAAGUGACGCAAAUGCUCCAACUAUAGGAUGGUCUAGAAAAACUAACAACACGGAAGUCAGGCCCAAAUCGGUGACGGAAUGUUUAAACCGAACUGGCGCAUCGGUUCCGGCAAACAAGUGGAGAAUGGGUGCUCAACAUCAUCGAUUUAGCGUGCCGCUUACGGAGCCUACGAUUUCCUCAAAACCGUCUCAACUCCCUACGAAAACGACAGUGACGACAACUACUACAAUUCUGCUUGAGUCAUCAACCGUAUCGAUACCUCUUCAUCCAAUUAGCGACAAUCAAGUAACAUUAACGCCUAAGUACAAGACUAUGCCAUCGCCUGGCAGCGGUAAUUCGUCUACAACGCAACUUAAUGAAAUCCUGGAGGAUGGAGAUGGUAUACAGGCAUCAGUAAACUCCACCGAAUGCGGAGGUUCGACAACUAAAUGUCGCGUCGUCAGGCGAACAGCAUAUGAACAACGAAGGAGUAAAUUCCAUAAAACGCGUACAACUUCUUGCUCGAGUUCCGACGCCAGCGAUGACGACAGCGAAAGUAGGAAGAAGAGGGCACACAAACUUGGGGCUUCCACUGGCAAACCCUUACCUCCAAGACGCGAUAGUCAUGAUGAUUCGAGCGAUUCGCAGGAUCCGGGAGGGAGUGGUGGCGGACGAGGCGGGGUGAUCGGCGGUGGAGGAAGCAGUGUGAGUAAUGGCGAACACACGACGACGACUGAAAGCAAUCGAAAUGACAAUAGUAGCGGCACUAACACGACCAACACAAACACAACGACGACAGGAGGUAGUAGGCAUCGAUGUACCGAGAAUCAAGUCAUAUUCGGUAGAAGACAUCGCGCUGGUAGAAGAAGAGCCGGUGAAACACGCUUGCGAGAGAGCCAAUCGUUGAAUCGUAUCACCGAGGUGCAGGAAGCCGAGGCGCCCUCGUCUUGUCACAAUCACUGUCACGUAUCACGUAAUUCGACCGUAGUUGGCGCGCCAAACACGUCAUCGUCAUCAUCGUCGACGUCACAGAGCAAUACGACUUCCCAGCAUGGCACUCCUCAGCCUGUCUCUCAAGUGGCAGCUACCACGGUACAAAAGGCCAAAGGCCUCGGCGCGAGGUUAUUGCAGAGUUGGUCUACUGGAAAGUCUCUAAUAUCGCAAAGCUCAAACAAACAAUCCGCUCAUAGCCCCGAUAGCAAAAGUAACAAUCAUCGUCAAUCGGAUAAUUGCUGUCAAACGAUCGGCAAUGCCAGUGACGAACGUCGCGGAGAUCACAAAGGCACCAGUCAUGCGGCGUACAACGAUAAGGAGAAUCGUGGCAACGGCUCGAUAAACCGAAACGAAUGUAAAAGCAGGAAGAUUCGGCUGCUAAGUCGUUACUUCGCAGUGCACAAGAAGCUUUGCGUACCGUUGCCGGGCUUUGGUAAGGGACGCCUGUACAAGGCUCGCUCGUGCGGCAGCAUUACGCGCGAUCGCGUGAGUCCGCCGUCGCCCAAGUCGAUGCUGUUUUGCUCUACAGCGGCCGAGGAUAAAUGGCGGGAACGUCGUCAAUGGUGCGACGCCGCGACGAAGCAGCAUCGUGGCAGCGAUGGCGACAUUAAUCAGAAUCUAGGUCUCGCGCAUCUCGUGCAGGAGAGUAUCGUCGGCAAGGGCUGCGCCAAACUGCCCGCUGUGUGCCACAUUCAUCUCGGGGACGCUUCCAAGUGUUGCAGUCUUUGUUGAUGAAUCGUUUCCGCUCGGAAGAAGCAGAAAGUUCGAGCGCCAGAUGAGAGACACAAGUGUGGAUAGGUAAGUGAGGUUCGUUCCAGUGCCAGUGACAUAACUAAAUAGCGUGAAACUUUUUUUGCGCGACAAUCUUUUCUGUAAACUGUAUAUAAUUUGUAGCGAGUUACUUUAUUGAUACAGAAAUAUUCUUAUCGUUUGAAAGAUCUGAUUUUCGGUUUUUAUUUCGGGGGGGUGGGAAACCUUUGAAAUAGCAUAGAUGCCGCGUCUUGGCAUACCUUAAGAAAAAUAGCGGCUAACUGCAUUUCCAAGUGCAAAAUUGAUGUCAGAUGUGUUUAUAUAGAAACAACGUCGUAAGCAAUUCAGAGUGCAAUGCGUGUACUCGCAAUUAAUAUUUCCAAAAUAUUUCCCAAAAAAAUAUGAUCUGUUCCUCGCUGAUGCCGAAAUUACAUUAAGUUAAGGGCGCGCGAUGCGAUUAAUCCGCGCGUAUGGUAACCGUUAAUCGCGAUAUAUUACGUGGUUUUGGUCUGCCAUCAAUUUACUUGACUGAUUACAUCAUAUCCCCGCUGAUCUAUAGAACACAGGGAUCAAGAUAAAAAUAAGAGAAAGAAAAAGAGUGUACUGAUCCAUCGGUCACUCUAAGAGAGCUGUAUCUAGUCCAUGUGAACAAACAAUGUAUUAAAUAUUGCAGAGUUUAUCAUUAUUAUUAUAUUAUAUUAUUAUUAAUAUUAUAUUAUUACUCUAUUACAUUAUUAUCACUCUACACUAUUCUAAUACUCUAUUACUAUUAUAUCCGCUACUAUUACUAUUACAAUCGCUAUUAUUACGGUGAGAGAUCAGUAUCAUCUCCACGAUUGUCGCUAUUGUCAUUAUUGAUCAUUAUCAUUAUUCCUCUUUCUCCCAUUUCUCCAAGUAGUAUAAAAAUCUAACAUGAUAUAAUAAUGCGUAAUGCGUGCAAAAGCAAUUUGCGUCACGAUUUAGAUGCAACUUCGGGUACAAAGUCGCGCAGUGCGAAUAGUGUCUUCCUCUUGUCGCGUAUUUUUUUCUUUUUCACAAUAUUCCUUCGUUUUCUUUUAAAAUACGGUUUCUUUUCCUCCUCUACAUGACACAUGCCUUUACACAAAGCUUCCCCUAACUUAUUAAAUACAGAUAUAAUUUCCGAAUGGCGAUUGACUAUAUAUUUAUAUAAAUUAACGCGAAUUGUAACCAAACACACAAGAAGAUAGAGAAAGAGGUGCGAGUGCCCUACAACAGAUAUAGCCUGAGUUGCGUUUGAACAAAAAAAAAAAAAAGGAAAACGAUUAAAGAGGGAAAGAAACUCGCUCCAUGGUGUUUGCGUGUAUAAUAGGUCCGUUAAAAACGGGAAUAGAAGAAGUGUACUUGUUGAGCGAGCGAUGCGCGACGUAUAAAGCCCACCGAGCGCAUAAUACUACGCGCAGAUAUUAGAAGCUUAAGAAUAAGCAAUCGUCUAUUCUCUUCUAGAUCUAAAUAAUUGGCGGCGAGCAAUAGGUAUGCAAGAUCUGUUUGAACGUGCUUGCCGGUUGAGCACAUCUCGCGACGUUCUUCGAUCUCGCAUCCGCAUCAACGGUCGCUUAGACGAAUUAUCGUCGAUAUUAGUCAUCGUCAUCGUCUCUCUAUCAUCGUCAUCAUCGCGAGUGCUGUCGGCUAGUUAAAAAAAGCCGCGUUGCAAUCGUGAUUAUAAGUAUAAUAUGAGUGUUUGUUGUGUGCAAUGCAGCGAAAAUUCGUCGGGCGAUCUCGUCUUUUUUUUCUUAUAUCGCGAUGCGAACGUUUUCUCGCAAUUUGUUAUCUGAUCGUUCAUCUAUCACCUGUCUCGCGAUUCGUCCCUUUCUUGCGCUUUUGCAUAAAGUUAUUAUGAGUCUCUACGAUCGAGUGCCGGACGCUCGAUAAACGCCGAAGUACUUUUGUUCUCUCGCGAGUUCUCCGCGCAUUUUUCAGCUUCCUCGUUUUGUAUUGUGUGCGUACAUUGUAUUAUAUAUUUUUAAUAUUAUUAAGAAGAUUAUAUCUAUAAUCUCGGAUUAUAUGCGUCACAAGAUGAUGUUAAUUGUGAGGCGUUACUAUUGAACUCGUUACAACUCGCGACGACCGAUCGUCAAAUUCUUUCCUUUUCUCUUUUUCGUCUCUAAGUUCGCGGGACAAAAUGCGUCGAUUGUAACUUCUUUGAUAAAGACUGAGAAUUCUGCAAUGACUUCAAUAAUAUCUCGAGUAUCAACUCUUAUCUAUAUAUCUAUCUAUGCGUCGCACGAUGACGAUGACCUAACGAGACCAAAAAUAAUAAUUCGUAAGAUUCACACAGACCUAAGUUUGCGCUAGCUACAAAGUGCAAUACAAAGUCGUACAAAGCCAAGUACCUUGCAUCGGUGUAGUCGUUGAUUUUAAGAAUUCGAUUCGAUUUUAUCUUUUUCACCCUAUUGUAGCGUGUAUUGCAACUCGGGGGAAUCUACUUUUGAAACUCGGAAACUAACAAUCGCGGUGUACAUGGGCAUUAACGUUAUUUCGGUGUGAUGAGAGUAUAAUCUCGGGGAAUGAUAGAGAGAAUUUUACAGUAAGUAUACAAGGAUCUCUCUUCGUCACGGACAAUUGGAUAAAGUUGUAAGCGACAAAAGAGAGAAAGAGAGAGAGAGAUUAUCUAGUACGAAAAGCUCAAGCAAAAUUUCCUCAUCAGGAGGUCACACGUAGCUUAUGUCGGUCCUAUAUAUUUAUGUAAUAAAGCGAAAGCGUCCCUUGCGCGAAGCUCGAACAAUGUAUAUUCUGGAGCAGCAAAUAGAGUAAAGUGUCUCUUCCAUCAUAACGUAAAGUGUACAUAUCUUUGGCAUUUUCCUAUGUCUGGGAAAAUUCAUUUAUUCUAGGCGAGCUAUUGAUAUAAAUAAAAGAAAGAGAGAGAGAAAGAAUAAGAUAUUUUCGUGCUAUAAAACAGAAUGUGCUGUAACCAAUCCACACAACAACACGUACAUAUAUACACACUGGAUUGGUUUCCUAAAAUAUGCGAUACAUGCACAUAACGCAUAUAUAAUAACGUAUAUGUCGCUAAAAUGCAAGUUGACGUAAUCACAUCGAACGCAUGUAAUUCCGUUGUAAACCUCGGCUUUGUUGUUGUUGCGCUGUUCGUAAAUCACCCCCCUCCUUCCCCACCGAUCAGAUUCUAGCGAAUAAAACCGCUAUUUCGAACGCGUUGCACUACAAGUGCGAGAAAGAAUUUUUUUAACGGUCUACUCUUUCCACUCUCGUCCUAAAUGCCUGAAUCCGGCCUGAACAGACCAAAGUCCCGCGUCAUUCUCGUAGCGUCCGAUUCGUCAUCCCGAUUUACUGCCAGCUAAGUGUUAACGACGCAUCACUUUACUAAGCCGGCAUAAGAUGAGAUCUGUAAACCGCCAAGCAUGAUUGUUCAUGCACAGUGUGCUCGGAUAAAAUAAAUUAAAGUGACAAAGUUAACACCUAUGCCGUAAGACUAUCAUAUCUCUCCUGUCGUACUCUUUCUUUUCAGUAUCAUAUUAUCGUCUUCGUCCUUUAC